CAGAGCCCAGCGGCCAAUCUGCUCAUUGGUGACGACUCCGGUCCACGCCACCCGAGAUGGUCAGGAAGAAAUUGAAGAAAAAAUCCCCAGCGAAGGCAAAACCCAAGAAAGAAUUGAAGCCAAAGAAAAAGGAGGUGUCAGAGGAUCAAGAAGAGUCGGAAGCAGAGGAACAAGAUGAGGAGGAAGCCUCAGAAGCUGAGGAAGGAAGCCUUAAAGUCUUCGUGGGCAACAUUCGCUGGGCAAAGGAAGAGCAGGAUGCCAUCCGGCGGAAAUUUGCCUCCUGCGGCGAAAUUGCCAGCAUCGAGACACCAAAAAAGCUGGCAUUUGUGACCUUCAAGACACACGCAGCUGUGGAGAAGGCUCUAGCCAUGAACGGCGAUGUUUUCAAUGGCGAGGCCUUCAAAGUGCAAGCGGCUCAACCAAAGACAGGAGAAAAGCCGGAGAGGUCAUCAGCGUAGGGAACCCAGUGGGUUGGAAGGGCCGAAGGGCCGUGUAAGCAGAUUGACUACGUGUCUAUGUGUCGGGUAUGCAGCAGUAUGCACGCGUCACAUCUUCAUUUUAGACACGCCCCAUAGUUUCAAAAGAUAUCGAUUUUCGAUGAUUUUCGCUUGUAUCGCUGCAGCACUCUGUAUAAAUUCUGCUUGUAGGGGGUCAUGGAAACAGACUCGUUCUCCAUCAAGAUAUCAUUCUUGUUUGAGUCAUGGAUCUGCCGCUGGAGGUUGCCAUCAUGGUGCUUGCAGUUAGUCGUCACAGUGGUGACCCUACCUCAAUAGUUGUGCGCCUGCCGUUCAUCAUGUUACGUCCCUUCAGGAAGAGCAAAAAGAAAGGCAAGGGCAAAGGUGGCAAGGGCAAAGGUGGCAAGGGUAAAGGUGGCAAGGGCAAAGGAAAAGACAAAGGAAAGGACAAAGGGAAAAAAGAUCGCGCCAAGGGCCAAAGUGAAGCCAAAGGCGGCGGCAAGGAAGGAGGAAAAGCCAAGGGCAAAGGCAAAGGAAAAGUGAAGAAGAAAUUUCAAAAGAAAGGCUCCAAUUGAGGGCACCAAAGUGGACUGGCAGCCAGCACCUGUCUCAAAGACAGCCGCACUGUAAAUCACUUUCAAAUGACCUAUUGUUGGAAACUUAUGGAAACUUUUCACAACUCCGCAGGUCUCUAGCAGAGGAUUAUUGCGGUAGCUUAGACCAGCUGCAGUCCAAAGGCAGACUGUGCAGCUCUGAUCGAAUCGAUUGAGAUCGACGUCGCAG